GAAGAGGAGGCGUCGGACCUGCGCACGAAGGAGGCCUGCGAGACGAGCCGCGCGGAGAGUACCAGGAACGCAGUCCUGAAGGCGCGCGAGGUCGACGACUCGUCGGACGCGCUCACGCGUCUGCAGUCGGAGAUCGCCGAGAUCGACACGCAGCUCGGCGAGAAGGCCGUGCGGCUGCCGAAA